AGAGUGAAGCGGAAGGCUUCCGGGUUUUGCAGGGCCUUUGUUUGUGACUGCAGCCGGAGCUCCAGGUCUCUUCUUCACUGCUCUGUGUCCUCUGCUCCUGGAGGCGCAGCCUCUGUGGCCCUGUGUCCUGCAGGUAUUGGGAGAUCCACAGCUAAGACGCCCGGGAGCCCCUGGAAGCUUAGAAAUGGGGCCAUUGCAAUUUAGAGAUGUGGCCAUAGAAUUCUCUCUGGAGGAGUGGCAUUGCCUGGACACUGCACAGCGGAAUCUAUAUAGGAAUGUGAUGUUAGAGAACUACAGAAACCUGGUCUUUCUUGGUAUUGUUAUCUCUAAGCCAGACCUAAUCACCUGUCUGGAGCAAGGAAAAAAACCUUUGACCAUGAAGAAACAUGAGAUGGUAGCCAACCCCUCAGUUAUGUGUUCUCAUUUUGCCCAAGAUCUUUGGUCAGAGCAGAACAUAAAAGAUUCUUUCCAAAAAGUGACACUGAGAAGAUAUGAAAAAUAUGGACAUGACAAUUUACAGUUUAAAAAGGGCUGUGAAAGUGUGGAUGAGUGUAAGGUGCACAAAAGAGGUUAUAAUGGACUUAACCAAUAUUUGACAACUACUCAAAGCAAAAUAUUUCCGUGUGAUAAAUAUGUGAAAGUCAUUCAUAAAUUUUCCAAUUCAAACAGACAUAAGAUAAGACAUACUGGAAAAAAACCUUUCAAAUGUAUAGAAUGUGGCAAAGGUUUUACCCAGUCUUCAACCCUUACUACACAUAAGAAAAUUCAUACUGGGGAAAAACCCUUCAAAUGUGAAGAAUGUGGCAAAGCCUUCAACUGGUCCUCACACCUUACUACACAUAAGAUAAUUCAUACUGGAGAGAAACAGUACAAAUGUGAAGACUGUGGCAAAGCCUUUAGCCGGUUUUCAUACCUUACUGCACAUAAGAUAAUUCAUAGUGGAGAGAAACCCUACAAAUGUGAAGAAUGUGGCAAGGCCUUUAAGCGCUCCUCUAACCUGACUACACAUAAGAUAAUUCAUAGUGGAGAGAAACCUUACAAAUGUGAAGAAUGUGGCAAGGCCUUUAAGCGCUCCUCUAUCCUUACUGCACAUAAGAUAAUUCAUAGUGGAGAGAAACCCUACAAAUGUGAAGAAUGUGGCAAAGCCUUUAAGCACCCCUCUGUCCUUACUACACAUAAGAUAAUUCAUACUGGAGAGAAACCCUACAAAUGUGAAGAAUGUGGCAAAGCCUUUAAGUACUUCUCAUCCCUUACUACACAUAAGAUAAUUCAUAGUGGAGAGAAACCCUACAAAUGUGAAGAAUGUGGCAAAGCCUUCAACUGGUCCUCACACCUUACUACACAUAAGAGAAUUCAUACUGGAGAGAAACCCUACAAAUGUGAAGAAUGUGGCGAAGCCUUUAAGUACUCCUCUUCCCUUACUACACAUAAGAUAAUUCAUACUGGACAGCAACCCUUCAAAUGUGAAGAAUGUGGCAAGGCCUUUAAGUGCUUCUCUAUCCUUACUACACAUAAGAGAAUUCAUACUGGAGAGAAACCCUACAAAUGUGAAGAGUGUGGAAAAGCCUUUAACUCGUCCUCACACCUUACUGCACAUAAGAGAAUUCAUACUGGAGAGAAACCAUACAAAUGUGAACAAUGUGGCAAGGCUUUUAAGCGCUCCUUUAUCCUUACUAGACAUAAGAGAAUUCAUACUGGAGAGAAACCUUACAAAUGUGAAGAAUGUGGCAAAGGCUUUAAGUGCCCCUCUACCCUUACUACACAUAAGGUAAUUCAUACUGGAGAGAAACUAUAAAUGUGAAGAAUGUGGCAAAGCUUUAAACUAUCCCACUAUCCUUUUUUCACAUAAGAAAAUUCAUAUUGGAGGGAAACCGUACAAGUGUGAUAAAUGUGGCAAAGCCUUUAUUUCAUCCUCAAACCUUAGUAGACAUUAGAUAAUUCAUGUGGGAAAGAAACCCAACAAAUAAGAAAAUGUGGCAAAGCCUUUAAGGACACCUCUGCCCUUACUAGACAUAAGAUAAUUCAUACUGGAGAGAAACCCUGUGAGUUUGAACAAUGUGGGAAAGCCUUUAACCAGCUAUCAGCUUUUACUAAAUAUGAGAAUUUAUUUGGAAUAUAAACCCUACAAAUAUAAAGAAAGUGACAAAACUUUUAGGAAGUUCUGAACCCUUCUUACACAUAAUUCAUGCUGGACAAAAAUCCUACAAAUUUGAGGAAUGUGGCAAAGCCUAUAACAAGU